AUGCCAUUGGUUUUAUUGACUGGGUUCCCUAGCAGUGGUAAAACCACCGUUGCUAAAAAAAUUGUUAGUUUGAUACAACAAACCAUCGAUUCAAAUGAGAAGUUAUCCAAUUAUUCUGUUGUUUACCAUUCUGACGAAACCUUAAAUAUAUCUCAUGAUGAUUAUAUAGGCUCCAAUGAGGAGAGAAGAGCUCGUUCAAAGAUUAUGUCAGUCGUGAAGAGAGAUUUGUCUCGACAAAAAGUUGUUGUAGUUGAUUCGUUGAAUUACAUCAAAGGCUUCCGCUACCAGUUGCAUUGCGAAGUUAAGAAUGUCAUGACAACAUAUUGCUUAAUCCAUACCGCGUGUCCUAUAACAACACUUGUUGAGUGGAACAGCAAGGAAACCGAAACUCAUACACCAUGGGAACCAGAGUUUUUAAAUGCAUUAAUUCAAAGAUAUGAAGAACCAAAUCCACAAACCAGAUGGGAUUCACCUUUGUUCACCAUAUUAACUCCACAAGAUGAUGUGAGUGCAAUAUAUGAAGAUAUUAGUAAAGCAUUGUUUCCUACUGUCUUCAAGUCUAAAACCGAUGACAGGGAUGCAGAAAAAAUCCUACAACAAUUGAAACCUAACAAUGCAACCAUACUUAAAGCGGCAUCACACACAAACUCUCUACAAAUUUUAGAUUCCGAGACUAGUGCUGUUGUGAAAAGUAUCAUGGAAUACAUGCAACAUAAUGUAGUUAGCGGAGGUAUCUCAAGAAUAAUUCUAACCCCGGACCAUUCCGAUAUAGAUGACCCAGCCUGUCUCUAUGUUGAUGUUUCUUUACAAAAUUGCACAAUGCCUCAAUUGCAAAGAAUAAGGCGCCAAUUCGUCGCAAUGAAUAGACUCAGAAAUCUUGAAGCUGACAGAGUGAAACCACUUUUCGUGGAGUAUUUAAACAAAAACUUGAAUAUAUAA